GAUAUGGAAUAAGAGGUAAAAGCUACACAAAAUUAAAUACAUAACAUAAAAAAUGCGAACAACACAAUGAAUAUUUGUGAAGCAGUUUAUAUCAACAGUUAACCGAGGAAGCAAAAUCGACAACGCUGAUUCUUUCUUUCCUGAGACACCGUCGGUGAAAUUUGUUGUGGUCAUCCAGCUGUGUUGUUGAAGUUUAUAAUUGUUCUAUUUUUUAACGUAGCUGAGCGUUUAAGAAUUCGAAAUUAAGUCCAAUACAAAAUUAUACAUCUUCAAUUGUGCUAAAAAUAUUUUUUUUAAAAAAAUGGCACAGUGGGUCGGAUUUAUGGUUUCUAUUAAAUGUGCAGAUGAUUUGGGCACGUAUCAAGGUGAAAUUAAUUCAGCCACCAACAGUUUUAUUACUUUGAAGAAGGCCUUUUGUAACGGGCUACCUUGCAACCAGGAUGAAAUUAAAAUUAGAGCUGGCGACAUAGUUGAUUUAAAGCUGAUAGAAAAACAGAAUAGCACACCACCUGAACGCAGUACAGUGACCAUUGCUAAACCAAUAGCCAAAAGGGCAGGUAGGACACAGAGCACCUCAGAAACGACAAAUUCCAGCAAAGCAAACUCCAAGCAUGUGGAUCAAAACAAUGGAAAUAAAUAUCAAAAUAAUGUACAAAAUGGAAAUCAACACAGAUCCAAACCCAUCGAUAUUGAACCCAGACACAACCACACUGGUGAUGGAGCUUCACUUAAAAAUAACACUCCCAACAAGAGAGAAAAAAAUAAAGGUAAAUGGGGUAAAAGUUGGAAAGAUGAAGAGUGUUUUGGGUCACCAUUAAAUAACAAGAUAAAAAAGGACUUUGAUUUUGAGAAGAAUUUAGCAUUGUUUAAUAAGCAGGCUAUUUGGGAAGAGUUGAACUCUAAUAAAUCAGAUGUGAUUAAACAAAGUGAUAGCAGAACAGGAAAAUAUAGACACGAUGAAAACGUAAUCGCAACAGAGCCCACAACAUACCGACAGAUCAGUGUACCCAAACAGGACUUUUGCGAGUAUGUGACAGACGAUGGUCUAAUAAUACCUAGUGUAUCCCGGAAUCUGCGCCGCAAAUUGUGGGAUGCCGCCGAUCGUGUCGGCCUAACGUGGGAGCGACGUGUUGAGAUGAUGGGACGCGCGGCUGCCGAAAUCUCCAUUCAACUUUUGGGUGGAGGACAUCGCCUCAAUCCCCGCAACACGCACCAGUGGCCUACUGUGGUUGUACUUUGCGGACCCCACAGACAGGGGGCGGCGGGGAUAAAUGCAGCCCGACAACUGGCUAGUCACGGAGUGCGUACAAUUGUGUACGCAGGAACCAUGGACUCUCCGGUAAUAAAAGGCGAGCUGUCUUUAUACAUGCUGACGAAGAACCGGGUCGUGAAUUCUGCUAACGAUCUACCCACCGUUAGCGACCUAAUUAUAGUGGCCCUUUGCGAAGACAUCGACAACCCGAAAGUGAAUCGGGCGGUGUCUGAUUGGGUAUCCAGGAACAAAGCCCCGGUUUUGGCGUUAGAUCCUCCAUCCGAGGGUACUCCAGGUAUUACGCCAAAAUUUUCGUUGCUGCCGGUACUACCUUUGCCCCAUUCGACUCAAAAUGGUAAGUUGUACCUGUGCAACUUGGGAUUUCCAGUGGAUGUAUUCAACGAGGUCGGCAUCACGUACAAGUCGCCAUUUGGGCCGAAGUUCGUCAUUCCGUUACACCCACGGGACUGUUGACCAUUCUACACCAAAUUUAAAUACGGCAACUAUUUGCAAGCAUUCACAUACGUAAUUACGGCUAUAGGCUACAUACAAAAUUGAUUUUAACCGACGACUGUAUUUAGAAUUUAUACAAUAGUGACUAUAGGACACUUGUAUACAUAUUUUUCGAUUUUAUUCCAGAUUGUUGUAAAUAUUGUGAUUGAAAAAUGUCGGGAUAUACAAAUUCAAAUAGAUUAGCAACAUUUACCGUCCAAGAUUUACUUUACAAAGAGACAUUCCAUGAAUUAUUAUUAUUGUAAUACAGAUAAACAACUUUUGACUUAAAAAUACACGUUAUAAAUUGAGUGUCUUUCAGUCACACUGAUUUAUCCAAGGAGCGGUCGUUUCGUAAUGAAAUUUUAUAUUUUUGUUUUAAAUUUUUAUUAUUGCAGUAGGAGGACUUGCGUCUAGUUGCCAAAGUGAUAUUGGUACAAUUGACUUUUUUUAAAAAAGAAAAUCUCGAAUUUUUAAUAUUUAUCUGCUAUUGAUAUUCGUUUAUCAAGUAUCGAUUUUGUCUAAAAUUUUAAAGGUCCUUUACAGACUAUUUUACUUACUAUUUUAUUUAUUUCAUGUAAUUUUAUUUACAAGUGUAACAUAUCAUGUUUAUACUAUGAUUCCUCAUACAAAACUAUUAAUUGUAAUAUGAGGUAUGAUAUUAUGUACUUGAUUCAACAACUGAUCUCAAAAUAUUGUCGCAUUUUAAACAUUUGAAUUUUGAUUUUCUGACAAAUAUACCAAAUCACCUUUUCUAGUAA